AUGAAAGAUGCUUAUAAAAAUAGGAUACAACAAUCAUCAAAAAAGCAAAGUUCAGAUUUGUCUUUUAACAAACUCGCGUUAUCAUCACAAAAACAAUUGGAAAGUCCACGUUCUUCACAAGAUAUCACAGAAGUUGAAGUCUCUGACACUCCAGCAUCUGUUGUGGAUGAAUUUACGUUUUGGCCCAGAGUCAGAAAUCUGGUAUUAAAUAGGUUGAUAUCUUUUAAUGUUGGUUACAAAAGUUCAGCUAUCGAAGAAUUUGGCUUAAACUCGGCAGAAAACCAAGACUUGAAUGAUAAACCACCUGAUAUAUAUAGCGAAGAUAAUAACUUUUCAGAAAGUAGUACAGAAUUUGGUGAAAAUUCAGGUAAUAACAAUAUUUUUGAAGACUAUUUGGCUUCUGAUUUUGAUUCUGAAAUGCCACCAGAGCCUGACAAUUUAUUUACGAACGAUCGAUUUAUGUAG